UCUUUUCUUAUACUAAUCAUUGUAUUAAUUUUAAUUUACCUACUUUUGAUACAGCACCCGGUGGCUCUUCAUCAUUUGCUUUUGUUGCUGGUCUUUCAAACACUGGGGGCGAGGACUUGGAUGAAACACCUUCCGUGGUUGUUGUUGCUGCCUAUGGUGGGACUAUUUUGGAAGAGGGACAACAACCUAAUUUUCAACUAUUCAAGGAGAAAGAUCUCUCAAAAACAGUUAUCCAGUUCAAAAGACAUGUCUUGAAUCAUGAGAAGACUAAAGAGUUAUUAAAAUUUAGAAUUUGUGCACAUUGGAACAUGGAUAUGUGGUGCUACAGGGGCUUCUCAACCGACAUACUAAACUUGCACCUUCGGAUGACCAUCCUAUUAAUGACCUAUGGAUACCGUGUCUGUCGUGUAUCCACCAGUUGAACAAGUAAGCUUGAGAGAUAUCAUCGCAAGCACCAAUGUCACCUUAUCUUGGGACAACCGAAUCUCCAUAGUUGUUCAAGUGGCGAGGGGAACUGGCUUUUUUGCAUAGUGUGCCAAUGGGAUUUAUACCAUGUUUUAAGGAUGCUAAUGUCCUCCUCGAUCGGGAUUUUAAUAUGAAACUGUCAGGUUUUGGCUUGAAAAGUUUGGGGCACAAAUCAAAGAAUAUACUCUCACAAAAGCUGUAUUUACCUCCCGAGUAUCCUGUAGUAAGAAUAGCAUAUCACUGGUCUCAUGAGGGAGAUGUGUUUUCUUUUGGAGUUGUGCUGCUAAAAAUGACGAAAGGCAACAAGCUAGAUAACAGUGCAUAUUUAAAUGUGACUAGGGUUACUUUGCAGUAUCUCGAGGACAAUAAAAGCGAUCCUAAAAAGUUGAAAUCAAAGUUAGAGAAGUUGAUAGAUGAGGAAAUCAAACAUGAGUAUACGCACCGGACAAAGCUUUGCAGAUGACAAUGAUUAUUAAAAGGUGCCUCGCAGUUAACCCUAAGGAGCGGCCCACCAGCUCUGAAAUUUUAAAAGAAUUUGAUUAAGAAAAAUAUCUUUGACUUUGAGUGGGUUGACUAUUCAAUUUACUACUUUUUGAAUUUAUCGACACUUAUAUAUGAAUUAAUUAAAAUAUU